AUGUCCGUUCCUUCUUCAUCAUCCUCUCAACCCUUCGGAGCACUUGCCGCAUUCAUGAGACCACCCCAGCACAUCGGUAUGCAGACCUUGGAUAGGAGUGCCUUUCAACGAGAUGUACCUGUCAUCUCGAUAGCUAUAGAAGCAUCCAAGGUGGGAAAGAUCAGAUCCAAUCUCGCGUUAAGAGGACAAGUCUUGGACCUUCCUAAAGUGAAGCCGAUAGUAGAAUCCCAAAAUAGUGAGAAAGGUAUAAGAUGGAUACGAUUACAUGUCUCUCGAGAGGAAGAUAUACCGUCCGAAACUAGGGAGUUGAUCGAUAGGGAAACAUUGGGUCUGAGGAAAGAGAACGUGCAGCUAGGAUAUGACAAUUGGAACACAUCCGAGAUACUAUGUGCUGUGUUACCAACCACCAAAUCGGAUGAUAUCCCUUCAUCAUUCACUUCCACUGGUCAUAUAGCGCAUAUGAACUUGCGUGAAGAGUGGUUACCUUAUAGGUACCUUAUCGGUCAAGUCAUACUGGAUAAAAAUCCCGGUUUACGAACAGUCGUAAAUAAGUUAGAUACGAUACAUGCUCAGUAUAGGUAUUUUGACAUGGAGGUUAUAGCAGGCGAUAAAGAUUAUAUAACCACUCUGAACGAAUCGAAUUGUACAUUCACUUUUGAUUUCUCACGAGUCUACUGGAACUCCCGUCUGCAUCACGAGCACGAACGAUUGAUCGACCUGUUCAAGCCCAACUCGUUAGUAGCGGAUGUGAUGGCGGGAGUAGGACCGUUCGCUGUACCUGCCGCCAAAAGGGGAAGUUACGUAUUGGGCAAUGAUUUAAAUCCGGAGAGUGUCAAGUGGAUGAGGGAGAACAGGAUUAAAAACCAUGUCGAGAACAACCUUCGUAUAUUCGAACAGGACGGAUCCGAAUUCAUACGCACCAUCGCAUUGGAAGUAUGGCGCAAUCCAUUCAAGGCUAGUGCUCCAGCACCAUCCAAGAGGAAACAGAGGGAAGAGCGUAAAAAGCCUGAGACGUUAGGUGUUACCACUCUGACCAAUUCUCAUCCUCCUCAAGUUGAAGAAGAACAGAAAUUGCCUGAACCACCUAAGAUCAUACAGCAUUUCAUUAUGAACCUACCUGACUCGGCAUUGACAUUCUUGCAUUCCUAUCAAGGUUGUUUUUUACCGUUAUUGAACGAAGAAGAUUUCGUAGCGAAAUACGGUAUGGACGGAGGAAAAUUGACGGAUGAGGAAUUACCGAUGGUUCACGUCUAUGGUUUCACGAAGGAGAUGGAGUUGGAUAAAGCACAAGAGGAUAUACUAAAACGAGCAAGUGAUGAUCUUCGUCAUCCAUUAUCGACAUCCACUCAAGAUUAUAAUCUCCAUCAUGUGAGAUCGGUAGCUCCUAGUAAGGAUAUGUAUUGCUUGUCAUUCAGAUUACCUAGACAAGUAGCUUUCAACUCAGUGUAA